UUCUGAGGGGCGCUCCAUAUCUUCAACCACCAGACACGUCCAAUUCGUGUACCAUCCCCGCGAGCACGUGAUCCAACAUGCCCCCUCAAUUGCCCAGCGACCAGCAACGAGCCGCCGUUGAGGGCGCUCUUGACGAGAUCAUCAACGCGAUAAUGGCACACCCCCUAUGGAAAGAGCCGCCAAACCAGAACCCCAUGCUCGUCGAGGUCUGGGACUUCGUGAUGCGCUCCAGGUACAUGCUCUCCGAGUACGAGAACGUCAAGGCUGGCCGGCCACUGCGAUUCCCUGACCAGUUUCAGGGUGCCGGUUCCGUCGUUGGGACCGGCAACACGGGCGCCCUCCACGUCUACCAAGACGUCUGUAGCCGGACCAUGAUACUCGGCAUGCUCAUGAAGGAUAGCAGCGGCACGAUAGGCAUGUUGACCGGCGAGGCAGUGCCGCCGGUAGACUUUGGUCCCCGAGUCAUGAACGCCGUCAAGGCGCUGCAGCAGGUCUGUCCCAUGGAAGAUGUCAUGGCUGGUAUGAUGCGGUAGAUUAUGGGAAAUCUGUUUGGGAGUGGAUAUCAUGGAAUGCGUAUUAGAGGUAUACACAGUUUGGAUGGGAAUAUGAAAUAGAGGCCCCUUUGUAGGAGAGCUUAUGGUCUUUUUUCGCGAUAUCCACUACCGUCUUUUCAUCCCAUUACCCCUCAGAAGUUUAACCUAUACUUUCAGCAAUGACUUUACUCUACUGAACUAGCUAUUUAACUUCCCUGC